UUUCUAUACAUCAGGCUGAGUUUUUCUCCGAAGUCGAUGGUUAGGGGACCUACAAGGCUGGAAGAAAUGUAGGCCUGAAUCCUUAUGUUGGGUGCCAUAUGCAGAGUAUCAAACCUUCUUAUAGAUCAAAGAAAGCUAAUCCAGAAUCAACCAAAGUCAGUGCAAGAAGGGUAUACAGGGCAGAUGAUAUUUCAUCAGAGAGGUAUACUACAGUGAAGAUAUAAUGAGUGUGCCAGUUGUGAUGAUAGAGGGGAAACGUGAGGUUACAACAAAGAACGAUCUUCCAAAUUCAAAUCUUACAGUAGUGGUUGAGCAUGCCUUUUACUGUGAGCAUUUAUAUGAUCCUGAUACUGGAGCUCUUAAGCAGCUACCGACAAAUGUUAAGCUCGCGACCCUGACAAGGAAGGCGCAUGCUGCGAAAGAAAAUAAAGACGCAUCACAUACAAAAUGGGCAAUUGGAUAUGAAGAACCUGACAGGCAAGCAUUUGGUGAAAAUAAUCGAGAAGCACUGACAUUAUUGGAGAACUGCAAUGUGAUUUUAAAGUUGUGGGCACGGAGGCAAACCGGAGGGCAGCCUCUAGAGUGUCGCGGAAGAGUGGUGCAAAUGAUUGAGUAGAGGGUGUCGCGCAAAUAAGUGGGUGGGAGCAAGAAGCAGAGCAAGCAAUGCCCCUAUUUAUAUUUGGCAUUGGCAUGUCCAGAUCGACGGGCCAAAGCUCAUUGUGAGCUCCUCCUCCUCUACUCGAUUUCUUCUUCCAUGCCUGCACGACUCUGUCUACAUUUUGGUGGUAUAAAAUGUUCUGACACAGUGUGCUAUUAUUGCUAUUAUUGAACUAUGCUGCUCUGUCUCUUUUCUGAAGUAGGAAGUGAUGAAUCGAAUAAGGAGGAAGGGUAACAC